AUGGUUCCCCAGCUGCAAAGUCCGAAGCGGCUUGAAGCAUUGCGCUCGCCGGAGAAGGAGAACAGCUUCCCUGGCUUGGAGUUCGGAAGCUUCCAGCGGAAGUGCGCUGAGAUCAGCGCGUCCUUGUCCCAGCCGUCCCUUGGCGACCGUGUGCGCGCGGAAGCUGCGCGAAGCGGUGACGUUCCCUUACCUUCCACGAGCACUGUCCUCACCUGGAGCCCAAGCUUCGUGCUUGCCGAACGGUCCCCGCUGCAGGACUGCACCUUGUCGCCCGAGGCACCCAAGCAAAGGCAUAGCCCACAAAGAGCACAAAGAGCACCAGCUCCGCCAACACCAGCUCCGCUUGUGUCGGGAGCGUUGGGAGUGCCACGAGCGCCUCGAUGGUGCCUCCCAGAGUUCGAGGACCUGCGCCGCAAGAUGCAAACGAGCAUCUCUGCCCUCCAGCGCAGUAAUGCGCAGCAGGCGGAGAUGCAGGCUCUGCGACGCGGUGAGAGCUUCAAAGAGGAGGCGCAGGAAGCAAAGCGGUCCAAGGAUCGGCACCAUCACAAGUGGUGUGCGGCUCAGGCUGCCGAGCGCGCGGCCCGGGGCGCGGAACGCUCCGCACUGGAGGAGGCUGCGGCCCGGGGCCUGGCGGCGCUGGCUCGCGAGCUUCUUGGAUGCCGGGGCACCGAGAAGCUCCGCGGGGUACUACUGCGACGCGGGACGCAGAGUUACCUGGAUGCCGAUGUCAGUGCCUCGCAGUCAUUCGAGGACCGACAGCCCAAGCUUCACAACACCCUGCAGCAAUUGUCCCAGUCCACGGAAAGGCCAUCGCUUCAACCUGGCCUCCUUUCCGAUAUGUCUGAGAUGUACGCUUGGAUAGCACGUGCCAUCAGUGACAGCAGGCUGACGGUGGCCUGGAAGGAUGCCCGCGACGGCCCUGAGGUGCACGAGAGAGCUGCUGACGAGCGAGUCGCGCAGUUGGAAAAGAAGCUGGCGCAGAAGGAGCUUGCCGUGGCCUCCUUGGAGCACGAGAAGCGAAGCCUGCGCAGCGAGGUGCGUGCCCUCCAAAACCUCGUCCAGGAGCUGCGAGGAAGCAUCCGCGUCUUCUGCAGAAUACGUCCGCCCAGGGAGCCAACUGCGGGAGGUGCAGGAACGGAGGCCCAGGGAUCCCGCAGCAUCUCCUUGCGAAAGCCAGCGGGAGACAAGAGGCACGACUUCAGCUUCGACAGGGUCUUCUCCCAAGAGGCCAGCCAGCGCGACUUGUACGAGGAAGUUGAGCCGUUAAUUCCUGGUGUCCUUCAAGGCAUUCAUGUUUGUAUCUUUGCCUACGGCCAGACUGGAGCUGGAAAGACGUACACGCUGGCCGGCAACAAACGCAUGGGUGAGCCUGGCAUCCAGGACUUGGCAAUCGCUGACCUGUUGAAGCUGGCAGCCGUUGAUGGAGCCAGGUUUGAUGUUAGGCUCUCAGCGCUCGAGAUCUAUAAUGAGUCCAUCCAGGAUCUGUUGUCCGAGCUGCGAGGAGACCCCAACGGGCCGCAAGAAACUAGCGAGCGGCUUGAGGUGCGGCAGUCCAGGGAGGAUUUGUCAGCAUCCUGGCCCUCACCCUUCGGCUCCAUGCGAGUUCCCGGCUUGAAGUCCUGGCCCGUGCGUGAGCCGCCGGACGUGGAGCAGGCCUUGCAACGGAUCGCCUCCCAGCGCCACGUGGCCAGCACCGCCUUGAACGAGCGGUCUUCGCGCUCGCACUGCGUUUUGUCGCUCAGCGUGAGACCAGCGGGCGGUAGCAUCAGUGAGGAGGGGCGCCGAGAGGCGACGGGCGUGCUGCACAUUGUUGACUUGGCUGGCAGCGAGCGCACAAAGAUCUCCCAGGCGGAGGGCAUGCAGAUGAAGGAGGCCAACUGUAUCAACAGAUCGCUCUCGGCCCUUUCAGACGUCCUGUAUGCCUUGGGCGACUCCACUGGAAACGCACACAUCCCUUUCAGAAACUCGAAGCUUACGUACUUGUUACAAGAUGCAUUGGGCGGACCUGGCUGCAAGACGUUUCUCUUGGCCCAGGUCUCGCCCGAUUCUGCGGAUGUCAAUGAGAGCUACUCCACGCUCACCUUCGCAUCCCGCGUAGCAGCCAACGUGCAGAAGGGAAGACUACGGCCUCUCAGUCGAGGUGAGCGAGGGUCUCCUGCGUCGAGGAGCUGUGACGCGUCGCCACGGUUGCGGUCCCAGGAUUCGGAGCCAAGCUUGCCGUCUCCUGUGCUUCGUGCCCGCGGGGUGGCGCCACCCCUGCCUGGGCUGGGCCGCAAGCCGUCAAGCUGCUCCAUCACAAACGAGCUGAGAAUCCGCAGCUGA